UGAAGAGAAUAACUUGAAUUCACAUCAGGUGUUAUUAUUCCUUUUGUUCUCUACUAUUACUUGCCAUUCUGGAUGACGUCCUAGCUACCUACCUUCGGUACCUAAAGUAUGCAUUUUAACAACAUACAUCAAUGCCUAUGAACUUACCUACUAUAAUAUGUGAGAAAAUGCAAAGAAAGAGGAAAAGAUAAACAGCUGGUAAGAUACGUAUGGAGAUAUGUAUGGGUAUACAAAUAUUUUGCCACGUCGAUCGCGAUACUCGACCUGUCAGUGGCCUGAAAAGGGGACAAACCUGAUUGACAACUAGCAUGACGUCAACCCCCUGACUUACACACUAAAAGACGCCUCUGAUGCGAUGCUCAAUACCAAUAUCUUCUAAUAUAACAUACUUGAUUCUCUUUACUCUUUAAUAAGUAGAUACUAUAUUAUUUACGAUCUUAAAUCUUGUUUCCAUAACAUACACCUAAGUUUACCAAACUAGCAACUUGCACUAAACAUGCCUUCCACACGCUCCUCAACCGGACAUUCCAAGCCGCGCGUCCAUCUGACCGUGUCUACCGAACCAGAACGCAAGCACAGGACCAGCACCAGCAACACGAAGCGCUCCGGUGGCACUACCACCACGACCACCACUACUACUACGCACAAGACCCGCACUGGUGCCGGAGUUACCAAGCAGCCGGCUACUCACCACAAGCGGAAGCCACACCUAAGCGACAAAAUCGCGGGCGCGGCGGAGAAGCUGGUGGGAACGAUAACGCGCAGGCCCGGGAAGAAGGCCGCGGGGACUAGGAAGAUGCGCGGGACGGAUGGGAAAGGCAGUCGGGCUAAGAGGGUCUAUUAGAUUAGACUUAUGUUCACUGAGAGAUGUAUCUGAGGGCGAUGGAAGUUUUAUCAUGUAUAUUGUGCUUCCCUGGGCACCUGCCUAGGUGCUGUUAGGACUACUGGGAUUACUGGGUUUCUAAGGGUGGGCUGAAUUCAUAACGAAUUGGUCAGGAAUACGGGAACGGCCUAUGAUGGUUGAGGGGAUAUUAUGGCUUAAAAGCUGUUGUCCUUCCAUACCAACGACACGGAUAGAGGGAUUUGGGGAUUUCAUUUCGACAUACGACAUACUACUUGUCAUUCUAUAACUAUGACACCUACAUGUAUCAUUAGAGCAUAGAAGCGAUCAACUAUCUUGCACCUACUUACUUGAAUGCUGUCGAAUGUGUUUUACGGGAAGCAUAUUAUGGGAUAUGGACAUUUCACUUAUCGUUGUUUACCCCCUUAUCUUCCAUUGUCGUUAGGCAUUAAGUUUUACCGCUUUACUCAAGCCCAAUUGAGCGUUUCCUAGGGGAGGCUCAUUCACUCAUGACAACUGAAGGAGAUACGAUGAGGCUUAGGCAUUU